GCUGACAGCCACGGCUCUUCAUCGGUUUUUGUUGACUAUCUCCAAUGUCCGUCUCUUACGUCAUCUGUGUGACCGUCAGCCGCAAUUUUGAAAGCCGAUGAGAUGUGAACCCGGGAGGCGCUGCCUGUCGGGUCAUUUCGCAUGGUUUCGCGUAACCGUCGUUGGCCUUGUGACGCCUACAUACUUGUUUGCUUAUUGCUUAUCUCCGUCGUUUCCAGCCCUUCCCGUCGGGGAUUACGAAUGACAGUCGGUCAAGACAAAUAUGAGCACUUGUUGCCAAGGCAGCAACCCCUCAAAGAGCUCAGAAUAAAUCACUUCAUUUUCAAUUUCUAUCAAGCAUUGCUAAUAAACUCUGACCCACAUAUCGCCGAACAUUAUGUCUCCUAUUACCAUCUUGAAGCCAAAGGUUGCCACGGGCUUUGGGCUUAUGGGCAUGACAUGGCGCCCCCAACACACACCCGAUGAGAAAGCCUUUGCCACCAUGAAGGAGGCAAUCGCUCAGGGCGCCACCUUCUGGUCGAGUGCCGACUACUACGGCAUGCCCGAGCCCACGGCCGGUCUCUCUCUAUUGCGUCGCUACUUUGAGGCCCACCCUGAGGAUGCUGCCAAGGUUACGCUUUUCAUUAAGGGAUGCGUCGACCCAAAAACGAUGCAGCCAAAGAACAGGCGUGACCAAGUCUUCGCCAGCGCCCAACAUUGCAUCGAGAAACUUGGCGGCGCCAAAAAAAUCGAUGUCUUCGGCCCGGCUCGUCAAGACCCAUCUAUUCCGCUUGAAGAGACAUUAGGGGCAUGUGGUGAACUAGUAGCUACUGGCAAGGUUGGCGGCGUGGGUAUCAGCGAAGCCGGCGCUACGACCAUUGAGAAAGCCUACAAGGUCUACCCUCUGAGCUUGGUUGAGGUCGAAUUCUCUUUGUGGACUCCGGAUUUGCUGUCAAACGGUGUGGCGGCGAUCGCCAAAAAGCUCGAUGUUCCGCUUAUUGCAUACUCGCCGCUCGGUCGUGGGUUCCUCACAGGGCAGAUUAAGUCCCUAGAUGACAUUCCCCAGGGAGAUAUUAGGCGACGCUUCGACCGCUUCCAACCUGAGAACUUUGACAAAAACCUUGAGCUCGUGGACACACUGAAAUCCUUUGCAGCCAAGAUGAAUGUGACUCCGGCCCAGCUUGCCCUUGCCUGGAUUCGCGCCACCUCGAACUCGGAGCAGGCCGGUACCAUCAUCCCCAUCCCGGGCGCCACGUCGACUAGCCGCGUUGAGGAAAACAGCAAGGACGUCGCCCUCUCCCCUCAGCACAAGAAAGAGCUCGACCAAAUUCUCUCGUCGUUCAAGAUCCAAGGUGGCAGGUACAAUAAGCAGCUGGAGCACUUGCUUUGGCAGUAGCGCGAAUCAAUCAUGUAUCACAUUUCGAGAAAUGAAUGAAUAGCCAUUCAUUCUCCCAUUUAAAUACAGCAGGAAUGUAUUGUUUGCUAUACCUCCAACAUAAAAACACUAUGUUCAUAU